CAUGUUGGGAGCAAACGUCCUUGGAGGAACGAUGGAAAGCUCAAAGAAAAUUAGAAAACUUCCCGAAUUGACAAGUGAUCUUAGAGUUGGUGAAAGAAAAUAUAGAAAAGUUAUUAAACCUACAGCUAUAUAUCGUAAACGAGUAAAUAGUCCUCCAUCUCCGGGACCUAAUGGCCCUAGCGAGAUAAGUGUGUCCGAGACGACAGCUUUCCAGCAGCCCAGCAAAACAAGACCUCGUCGGACGAGGUAUAUAGAUGUUCAAGAUCUAGAAGCUCUAGAAAAAUUUCAUCUAGACGAUUCAUUUUCACUAGCCUCAGUGAAUUCGACAAACGAACUGAAUUUAGGUAAUUCUCAAUCAGAUUGGUUUGGCCAUCACCGUAUUCAAACCGACAACUCUAGGGGAAAACGUCGAAGUCGUGAUUAA